GAAAUAAAAUAGGACAAGACCAUGAAUAUGGAACUGGAAGAUGAGGAGAGGAUUUGCCUCAGAACCGAAGAGGAGGAAUCGCGCAACAUGGAUGACGACAAGUUAGUCUCAGAUGAGGUGCAUCUGCGACAACUGAGUCCAACGCCUUCCUAUGCAUUGCAACAGCGCAGACAAAGCAACAGUGUGACACAUUCCGCGCCACCCGAACUCACACAGCGGUCCAGCGUUGAGACAAUGCCGAUUAAACGGAAUGGCAAGGAGGAGAAAACGGAUGUUAAGGAUACGGAGGAUGAGCCAGAAGAGGGUGUAAUACUCCGACGAGCCGUCGACAAGGGUGCUAUUGCCUUGGCACAAAUCGACGACCUAAGACUGGAUGGCGACGACGAUGACGACGAUGACGACGACGAUGUUAAUGGCCUGGGGCUAAGCAAUCCCGCAGCGCAGACCGCAAAUGAUGAAGAGAUUAAGGUGACUACAAAAACAGGAACAGGACAAGGGCCAGGACAAGGACCAGAAACAGGACCUGGAAUAACAACAGAAUCAAUUGUGUUAGCGGCCGGCACAAUGAUGAAAGCCGAGCAGGAUGCAACCACAAAGACGCCUAUGACGUCGACGAUAACAACAACUACAGUGCACAGUGCCGGCACUCCAUCUCUUCGGCUGGCAACGGAUAUGUCGAAAAUCCCACGACUACCCGGCGAUGGGGCCCAAACGGAUGACAAUGGUGAUCUGCCACCCUCGCUGCGUGCCUCCACCACAUCAAUUUUAUCCAAUUUGCGCAAGAAGCAGCAUGCCAUGCUAGCUGGUGUAGGAGUAGGUGGAGGCGUUGCCAAACAGACGCCACUACGCGUCCAAUCCGUACGCAUUGUGGAGGCAAAGCGUGCAUAUGGGCCCAAGCGACGCACUGAAAGCUGCAGCAUUUUUGGCAAUAGCAAUUUUGAUCACGAUAUGGAAUCUGGCCAGUCCAUUUCUAUCAUCACUGGCAGCCAACCUCAGCGUCCGCUGAAUAACGAAACCUAUUCGGCCUUCAAGAGUGGCAAUGUGGUUAAGGGCAUUCUCUGUCCAUCGCUAACCAAUUCUUUUAAACAGAGUUCCCUCGAGCGUAGCUAUCUAACGUAUACGCACAGGCAACGCCAGAAGUCUUUGAUUAUUGUCAAUGUGGUUGAUUUCGUAUUGAAAAUUGUCUUGGCCCUCGUCUGGAUCUUGCGUCGAGCUGAAACCGGUCCGUGCAAUCCAUGUGACACCACCGAAGUCAGCGGCAUGGCAACGGCCAUUACUUGGUCCGUGUGCUGCGGUAUUGCCAAUAUGGCGAUAUGCUUUCUGGGCUAUUGGCGAUGCUUUGCCAACAAUUAUUUGCAUUGGGCCGCUGUCUGCACUUGGGUCCUCUUCAAUAUACAAGGAUUCGUUGGCCAAGGCGUUGGCUUCGCCGAUCGCGAAUACCUGGUAUGGUAUAUUCUGUUUGUGAUUUUUGUUCCAUAUGCCAUGUUGCCAUUGCCACUGAAAUGGUGCGUGGUGGGCGGCACCAUCACGGCCAGCUGUCACCUGGCCGUAAUUACCAUCAUCAAAUUGCAAAAUGGAGAGGCAAGUCAAAAUGCGGACUGCGUUUUAUUUCAAAUCUUUGCCAACUUUAUACUGUAUACGGCCAUCAAUGUGGCCGGCAUGUACACCAAAUAUUUAACAGAUCGUGGACAACGCUUGGCCUUCAUCGAAACCCACAAAGCCAUGGAACACAAAAAGGAAUCGGAAAAGGAAUUGCAGCGUACACAAAAACUCUUGGAUUCAAUUCUGCCCAACAUUGUGAAUAAUCAAAUACGCAGCGAAAUGUACAAGGGCACGGAUCCCACUGUGGAAACGCAGUUCAACAAAUUGUAUGUGUAUCCCAUGGAUAAUGUUAGCAUACUUUUUGCAGAUAUUAAGGGCUUUACGGAGUUAGCCAGCAAAACGUCUGCCCAGCAAUUGGUGAAAAUAUUAAACGAUCUAUUCGCUCGCUUCGAUCGCAUUGCAGAGGACAAUCACUGUCUGCGUGUGAAACUGCUGGGCGAUUGCUAUUAUUGUGUAUCACAGUUCGAAAGCGACAACUGGAAGACGCGACCGGAUCACGCUGUGUGCAGCGUGGAAACUGGCCUGCACAUGAUAAAGGCCAUUAAGGAUGUGCGCUUGCAUACGCAUGUGGAUCUCAAUAUGCGCAUCGGCAUCCACAGCGGCUCGGUUAUGUGCGGCGUUCUGGGCAAUAAGAAAUGGCAUUUUGACGUUUGGUCUAACGAUGUUAUCAUUGCAAAUCACAUGGAAUCUGGUGGAAUACCAGGUCGCGUUCACAUCUCGGAAGCGACUCUUAAGUGUCUGAACGAUGCCUACGAGGUGGAGCCCGGCAAUGGCGGCAGUCGGGACAAUCAUCUCAAAAUGCUGAACGUUAAAACUUACCUCAUCAAACGCACCGAACCAUUGAGGCCAAAGCGACGUUUCGGCACCAGGAGCAGUGCCCAUCUGGCUGGCAGUGGAUCUGCUUCGGCAUCUGCCACACCAGCAUUGCCCAAAUCAAUCUCGGCCAGCGGUAGUGGCAGCAUUGGAGGCGCCACCACAGUGUGCGGUGGCAUGGGGGCUGGUGGCGAUGGCGUCAGCAUUGAUGGUCACAGUCUGGAGUAUGCUGCCAGCAUUGCUGUGCCCCCGCAACAGCCAGCCCAGCUAUUGCAACAGCAGCAGAAAAAGAACAUCUCAUUGAACUCCCUGCCCAAUGUGGUCGAAGGGGUGGCCAUGGAUAAUAGUCGUCGUUUAAAGAAUGGAGCAGCACUGGGCGUUGCAUUGGCCAAUGCAGGUGCAGGCACAGGUGUGGGCUCAGGUGCUAGUGCUAGUCCAGGAGCUGCUGGCAAUGCUGCUGGAGCACCAACAGCUGGCCUUUCCACUGUUUCCUCACCAACGGCCAUGAUGUCAGCACCCCUAGAGCAACAGUUGAGGCCGAGGAAUGGCGCAAGUGUGCAGAAUCUAGCGGAGGCCAUCGAUGCCAAGGGAUUAAUCAUUGAAGAUGAGUCCACCACAGACUGGAUACCAGAAAUACCCUUUAAAAAUUUGAAUAAUCCGGAAGAAGGCUUAAAUCGCACCGACUCUAUACUAGUCGAUCCCAAACAGGAUCAUCGCGUUUCGGUUACCGUUUUGGACGAGGAGAUUGAUGAGUUCAUCGAACAAAACAUUCAAAUCAAUUCGAAUAAGGAAAUUCGUCGCGAAUAUUUGAAUCCUUGGACAUUGAAGUUUAAGGACAAAGGCCAAGAGCAGAAAUUCUGUCAGCUGCGUGAGGAUAUGUUCCGCUCCAACAUGCUGUGUGUGUUUGUCAUUUGGAUAUUUAUGGUCCUCUGCCAAGUCAUCAUCAUACCGCGGUGUACGCGGCUCAUCAUUUGUCUAGCUUCUGGCACUGUCGUCCUUACGUUCUGUUGUGUUCUGGUGAUGGCCGAAGAGUUUCCAGGUCUGCCACGAUGUUUGAAAAUUAAUUCCGCCAAAUUGGUCCAUCAGCGACAACGUCGCACGCUCUUCAUUUGUGGCGUCAUCAUAUCCAUGUGUAUGCUAAGUGCCAUUGGCCUGGUUUUGUGCCCCUCAUCCACCUAUAGUGGCACCAUCGAUGAGCAGGCUCGUCUGUAUAGUGGCUCUCUCUAUACGAAUGGUUCCAGUUUAUCAACGGCGGCAGCGGCGGCGGCGGAUAAGGAAUACAAACUAAAUGUUUAUCUAUCGGCCACGAUUCACCAUAACAUCACCAUUAGCACACCGACAAGCGGAGGUGCCACAUCGGCGGCAUCAAUUGUGGAUGCCUUGCUCAAUGAGAAUAUAACCAGUGCCCCCACCGAUGAGUUGGUUCGCUCAACUCUGGCCAAUGCCUUGAAUCUGAAUCUGUCGUCCCCAUUGGAACACUUUGAGCAAUCGCAUCGACCCUAUACACUAACCAAAAAUGGACACAUAGUGUCCCUAAACAAUACAACAUUCAGUUAUGAGGAUCGUUUUGGUAUGCGCCAGGCCCAGGACGUGUGCGCCCAUCCCGAGUACAUUGUCUUCACAUGGGUACUCUGCCUCGUCUCGCUGGCCACGGCCCUGAAAUUGUAUUACCUGGUCAAGGCUGUUAUGGCCUUGGGAAUGGUGGGAUUCUAUACCGCAUUAAUUCUGCUCAAAUUCAAUACCGAGGAAAGCUUCAGUCUCGUCAAUUUGGGACGAUUGGGUAUGCCUUUGGGCGUCCAAAUGUUGAUAUUGCUUAUAUCAUUUUUGGUUAUGGUCUGCUAUCAUGCCAGAUUAGUAGAGGUUACCUCACGUCUCGACUUUAUUUGGAAAGAGCAAGCGGAGCGUGAACUGACCAACAUGAAAUCCAAUCGUGCGCUUAAUGACACAUUAAUUAAGAAUAUUCUGCCAGACCAUGUAGCUGCCUAUUACCUUUCCGAUGAGCACACUGACGAACUUUACUCCAAGAUGCAUAAUCUCUGCGGUGUUAUGUUUGCCUCCAUACCCAAUUUCCAGGACUUUUAUUCAGAGGACAUUGACAAUGGCAAGGCCUGCAUACGUAUCCUAAAUGAGAUUAUCUGUGACUUUGAUGAAUUGCUGGAGGAGCCGCGUUUUGCAUCAGUGGAGAAAAUCAAAACAGUGGGUGCCACUUAUAUGGCUGCAGCUGGCUUGAAUCACGAACAUUUGCGGGCACGUGGCGAAACCUCGGAGGACUCCGUAUGCGAUCUGGUGGAAUUCGCCUUUGCCAUGAAGCAAAAACUCGAGGAGAUCAAUGGCGAUGCCUUCAAUAACUUUCAAUUACGUGUAGGCAUUUGCAGUGGACCCUUGGUAAGUGGAGUGAUUGGAGCUAGGAAACCAGUCUACGACAUAUGGGGAAAUACGGUGAAUGUGGCCUCACGCAUGGACUCAACUGGAGAGAAUUGGCGUGUCCAAGUGCCGGCCAAUACAGCGGAACUUCUUUGUUCCCGAGGAUACACCUGUGUGAAACGCGGUGAGAUCAAUGUCAAAGGCAAGGGCAUGAUGACUACAUUUUAUGUACACCCCAAGGGCAUAACCGAGAGCCAAUUGAUCUCCCCUGUACGCUUGCCAGCUGGCAUUCCAUUGGCUCAAACGCCAAAUCUUCAACGGCAGACUUCGCAUCAUGGUUCCUUUAGUGCUGUGGUAUUUGGAAUGCUACAGGCUAGCAAACGGAGCACGGCUAUAGCUGGAACACCUACGGGCACUCCUUCGCCGCAAAUACGACGUGGUCAUCGGGGUAGCACUUUCAGCUCAGUGCGGCUCUCACAGAAAUCGACCACAGUUAAUCCCGUACGGCGGAAUACAACCCGUGUACGUGGUCGUUCGUAUCGCCAAAAGAAGAGUUCCUCCAACAACUCGAUAGUGACCCAGGCAAGCUCCACAUACAUGCCAUCGUUUCGACGGAUCGAUCAAAUCGAGACAACCAUAUCAAAGAGUCACAACGAUGCUUUAUAGCCUACAACGCAGCGAAGUCAUUGGGUCUAAGUAAUCGACAUCUCUCACAUAUAGAGAAUUUAU